AUGUCGAGAGAAACAACUAGAUCAUUCCUUGUUACCACUCUCUUAUUGCUCUCAUUGGUUGCCUUGUGCAGAGCUGGUUCUUACACAAACACCAGAACACUUAUUGAAAAUUUUGAAGGAACCACAAGUCAAAUAUCAUUCUACAAUGGUGCUGAGUUCCCAGGUGCAACUGGAUCUAUCGUUAUUACCACUGCAGGAUAUAGUGGUAAAGCACUCAAUAUGACAUUCAACUUGUCAGGUGGUAAUUAUGUCGCUGCCAAUAUUCCAAUUCCUUCAACUUUGACAGCUACUUAUAAUGCAAUUGCAUUCAAAACUAAAUCUUGUAAUACUAACAAUUGGUUAACUUUCCGUGUCUUUGACUCCACUGGACAAGUUUUCCAAUUCCAAUCAUUGAAUAGACCUUUUGAAAAUUAUCAUAGUUUGAAUUGGUACGAACAAAUUGUCAUGUUGAAUACUAGUCUUGCUUCUGGAAGCUGGGGUGGAGCUGAUGAUGGUGUCAUGCAUUAUCCAUUAUCAUCUAUCCAAAUCUUGACAAGUGUCUAUGAGAAUUCACCUGCUUCCAUUGCUAAUGGAUGUGUUCUGGUCGAUGAUAUUUAUGCAUUGAAUUUUAAUGGUGUUAAUUUGGAUACAUCCAAGUUUGUUUGGACUCCAUUCAAGAAUGCCAAUGGAACUAAUGGUAUUGACAUGUUGUCAAGAAUGGGAGUUGCUCUCCAUUACACAACUAAUACUGCCAUUCUUGAUGCUGUUAAGAAUGCUGGUUUCCAAUGGAUCAGAUUUAAGGGUGUUUACGACUUUACAGUUUACGAUAAUUUCCUUACUCUUCUCCAAGCUCGUGGUUUGAAAGUUUUGUGGAUUCUGACCUAUUCCAAUGAUUUGUACAGUCCAGGAACUGCUCCAUUGACUGCAACUGCCAUUUCUGCCUAUGCCAACUAUUCCAGAGCUGCUGCCAAGAGAUAUGCUAGAAAGGGUGUCAUGUACGAAGUUUACAAUGAGGCUGAUAUUCAAGGAAUUCCAACUGGUACUCAAUAUGCUAAUUUGGCCAAAGCAACCAUUUCUGCAAUCUAUGAAGGUGAUCCAUCUGCUCUUAUUUCCACAACUGGAUUGGGUGGAUUCAAUUAUGCCUAUUUGAGAGAGUACAUGCAACAAGGAGGAUCAAAAGGAUAUAAUUUCAUUGGUUUGCAUCCGUAUGGACCUGGAAAGGCAUAUGGCUAUGGACCAUUGUGUGAUCAAAUGAGAAAAUUCCGUUCAGUUAUUAAUGAAUUUACAUCCCUUUCAACAUUUGGUGUCCAUUCCAAUUAUGGAAGUGUAGUUACAACCUAUCCACCAGUCUUGGACACAGAAUGGGGAUUAAGCUCCACCGAUUACAAUGGAAAUGGUUUGGAUGCAACUGCCUUAAGAUUACAUGCCUCACUCGUAGCCAACAGAAUGUUAGCUGGUUUAGCCAUGGGCUUCCCACUAUCUGUCUAUUACGAUAUGGUCAAUGAUGGAACUGACGCCACCGAAAGAGAAUACAACUUUGGUUUGUUAUAUGCUGAUUUAACUGAGAAACCAGCAAUGAAAGCAGUCAAACAAUUAUUCAACAUUGCCAGAAGUAGAAUGUUUGAUGGUUAUGUUAAGGUUGUGGAUUCUCCAUCACUUGUGGCCAUGAGAUUUAUGGGACAAAGUGAUUAUAUUGUUGUGAUAUGGGCAGGUGAUUUGAAUACCUAUACUAAUGUUUAUCUGCCAGGUGUUGUUUCAGUUGUGAACAUUUUUGGAAAUGCUGUAACUUUGAGUGGUGGAAAUUUAAAGAUUGGUGCUGUUGAUGGUCCUUAUUAUGCAACUUAUAAGAAGGAUUCUGCUACUUUGGCCUCUCAAUUCCAAUAA